AUGAGUAUCAUACACCACAAUGAUGAUGAUGAUGAUGAUGAUGAUGAUGAAGAGACAACAUGCAUUGAGCUUUCUCUCAGAAACACAACAUUAUGUGAAGAUCUUUACUAUCACACAUUGGAAGGAAUAAAAUGGGGAAAUCAUCAUCAUACACACAUUUUGAUGCCGUACCGAAGUUUUUACUUCAAUCAUCCCUAUGCUGUCGCUGUAUGUUGCAAAUGCCAGCAAAUGCGAAUCCCUCCUUUAGCUCCAUUUCGUUUAAGUGAUUUUGCGCUGAAUGAAAAAGUACUGGCAUGGAUGCCGCAAAAGUGCUGUAUAAUGAAAUUUUGA